AUGGCUUGGAGCACAAGACAGCAGACAGUCAGGGGCGGCUUCGCAUGGCGGGGUAUGGCCAGUUGUACUGCAGUCGGAGGCGAGAGCGAGGCUGAGCAAGCAUUCCAGGCUCACACCGUCUCGUUCUCGGGGGUCCACAAGGAGUUCACGCGUCGAUGUGGUCGACGGAGGAAGCCAUAUGCAGUCGUUGUCAUUGGUCCAAGGGCCAACCGCGCCUCGCUUAUCAGGCCGGUCCGGGGUGCUGAUCGACCGGUUUGUUCGGACUUCAACGUCGGAGACCCGAAGCCAUCGCCUGCCGUCUCUCUUUACAUGUGGCACAAUGAGCGUUGGGCAAUGUGUCGCCCAUACACCUACAUCACCAUCGCCCUGUCGCCCAUUAGCUUUGACUGUGGACAAACGGUCUCGACUGUACAAUCUCACCACCUUCGGAACACUGCCAGGGGCAAGGAUGCGCAUGCGCUUUUCAAUAUGAUCGCGUAUAUUGAUCUCGCUGGGCCCGUGCAGCCCUGCUACCUGCACAGGAGAACAUCUACUACUACCUUGACAACGAAAACGCCAGGACCCCCUGCGUGUGGCCGUCCAUUUGCUAUACAAAGAAUUUUCCGUAAGAGAGACAUAAUGAAAUUAAAAGCCCAGCCCAGCCGCACUGCUCGCAUUAGUACUUGUGCCACGACAUCGCUGUGCACAUGGACUCCUACGACGCCGGCGCGUCUGUCGUGCAGAGCCGUUUCGGGUGAUUCGGAAAGCCAGCAGCAGGCCACCUGAUCUCGAUCCAAGCAUGUCGAAUAAAAAUUCCUCGGGGCUGAAGUGCAGGAUGCAGAGCACCGCCAAACUCCUUCAUUUCAACGCCGAGAUCCG